GAAAAUUUAAUUUUGUCAAAUUUGAUUUGAUUGGAAAUUAAUUUCUUUCUAUUGAUUAAUUUUUCGUUCAUUAAUUAUUCGAAAUUAAUUUAAUGUUUUUCCGGUAGAAAUUCAUUCAAUUCAAUGUUCCAAUUCUAUAAAUGAUUACAUGAUUGUUUGGAAUAUUUGAUGGUUGCAACAUCUUUUUAAUUAGAAGAUGAGCAUUUCUAAGAUUUGGAAAUCAAGUUUAACUCGGUAUAAGAAUUGGUAUUCAUCAUUAAAUAAACCGAUAGUUAUACUUUCAUUAACGGCAACUGGAUUAAUUGGAAUCUUUGGUUAUAGAGUUGGCGAGAAUUAUUUCUCAGUAACUAAUCCACUUUAUGUAAAAGGAGUGGCUCUUUUCCGGAACAAUCAGAUUGUCACUGAUAUUGUUGGUGAUCCAAUUAAACUUAAAUCGAUUAAAGGUUUAUUAAGUCUAAAAUAUGCCAUGAAAAUGGAGGAUAAGGUUGUUUUUACCGUUGAAUUUAAAGGUAAAAAUAACAAUGGAGUUUUAACAAUUUAUGGCCUUAAACUGGAGGACGAAUGGAAUAUCCAAAGAUUAGAAGUUAAAUUACGUAAAGAAUAUUAUUACAAGAAUUAUAUAAUUUACAGAGAUGCUAAAAAUGAUACCGAAUCAAUUUUCCUCUGAGUUAAUUGUGUUCCUAGAGAAACUCGUCCAUGUUAAAUUUGUAAUAUGUAAUAUAACAAAGAAGAGAAAAAAAUUAGUUUAACCAAACCAAUUAAACUAACUAAUCGUUGGAUACACAAUCGGAUUAAUUGGUGAGAAAAAGGAAACAAAUAACUCGUUCAUAAUAAGUUACCCAGCUGAUUGUUAAGUUAAUUAGCAAUAAUUGUUGCUGAGCAACUACAAAGACCUUUGACUCAUCAUCGUUGAAUUGGUUAACAGCAAGUGUUUUGUUUCCCAAGUUAAUUGGAUUACAGUUAAUUGUUUCCUUCCUUUUCCCAUGUAGAUUUAAUUAAUUUAAAUUCUCGUGAUGAAUUAACAAAGAACAGUAAUCAUGGUAACAGUGUCAACAAUAGAAAUCGAUAGAAACAUAAGUUGGUGUGAUUAGAAAAACUAAAUCAAAGGUUUUAAAAGCUGUUCACCCUUUUGAAGACCAAUUAAAUUGUUAUGACGAGAGUUAAUUAGAGGAAAAAUUCAUUAUAUCGGAAGGUGAUUUAGUUAAGUGAUUAUCUCUCCCUCUUGUGAUUGUUGGUGUUUUACUGUUUCUUCAUAAAGAGCUGACGUUAUGUCAAAUCGGAGGAAAUAUUGUCAUACAAUUGAUGAAGAUGAUCUACAACUUGAAUCUCAACCUCAACCUCGACCACAUGUUCAUCAAAGAUCCAAGACAUGGUUAACUCAUCAACAAUCUAUUCGUAACACAAGAUCGGUGGCAAAUAGUUUUAUCCUUGGUGGUAGAAGAGGCAGAGGAAAAGGAAAAGGAAGAGGAGGCGGUCCAUCUUGUUCAUCAUCAUCUUCCACUCCAUCAACCCCCUCAACAAGAAAAACAACAUCAGUUCCACCAAGUAGAAUAUCACCUUCAACAACAUCAUCAUCUGUAUCUUCUAGUUCACUUUAUUCAAUUGUCUCACCAACACGAAUAUCAACAUCAUCUUCAUCCUCGAAAAAAGUGUUGUCCCGAUUUUACAGUGUUGAGGAAAUUCUUGGUCGCCGUGAAUAUCAGGGGAAAAUUGAAUAUCUACUCAAGUGGCAAGGUUAUUCAGAUCGGUUUAAUUCUUGGGAAACGGCGAUUAAUCUGACCCAAGAUUUGAUCAUUGAAUUUGAAAUGUCCAGUCCAGCAAUGGAAAUGUUAUCCAAGGAACCAAAAGAACCCGUUAUGCUGAAAGAUACGCCGAUCAAAAUAUGGGACAUUCGAAAGGCCAAAAAUGAAGAAUUGGAAUAUUUUGUUCAAUGGAAAAAUGAAUCUGAUUUUGAUUGGAUCGUUGGGACAAUCAUGAGACAAGCGUUUCCUAGUUUAGUGAUUGAAUUUUAUGAAAGAAUAUCCAAACUUGUUGAUUAACCAUUUUGUCUUCGUAUAUUUUUCAACUUCUCUCCUCUUCUAACAUUUGUAAAUUUUGUUCUGUUUUUUCAAUUUAAUCAUCAAUCAUCUGAAAACCAGAAUCACAAUUUAGGAUCAAAAUCCUGAUUUUGAUCAACCUGAUUUGAAAUGUCUUCCAAUUACUAUUCUAUUUUAUGUGUAUAUUUUUUACUCCUUUGUCUUACCUCAUCUUUGACACAAUUAUCUUAAUCAUUAAUUACCGAUCUUUGUCCAUUACAAAAACUAAUUCCACUUUUCCGUCUUAAUGGAACGAGAAUGAAAAAAAUGAAGGAAAAUGUCACACUUAUUGUAUCCUUUUAACUCCUUCAACAACAAUUGUUUUUUUUAUGAAAAUUCCUCUUAGAAACUAAUAGAAAAUUAAAGUAAAAUGAUCAAUUUGAUUAGAAUUUAA